AUUGCAUUUGUGAUUUUCCUUUGUUUUUUCUUCCUUUGUGCUGCAAGCUUCUCCUUCUCCAAUCUCUGGCCAACCACAGAGGCAAAUAACGUUUUCUCAUCGAAUUGCGAGGAUGGGUCAGACAAGGCAAGUUUAUUACACACCAUACCCAUCUAUUAAUCAUGAAAGAAAGGGAUGGAUUGCUGCACUUAAAAUUAAAGCUAGGAGUAUCAUUGAGGUUCCUGAGAAUAAAGAUAACCAACAAGAAGGAUUGACACCAUAUUUCCAAGACAAUGAGCCUCUUAUUCCUCAACAAAUAAAUAUUGAUGACAUUGCUUAUGAACCUAUGCAAUAUUCUGAUGGGAGGUUUAUUGAAAUACAUGAAGAAGCUGAUGUUGGGGAGGGGAUUGGGGAGGAGGAUGAAGAAGGAGAAUGGGAAGAUUUUGAGACAUCAGAAGAAGAAAACAUAGAAACAUAUGUUGAGGAGAAUGAUAGUAGUGAUGAGUAGGCAAUAAUAUUGAAACUAUUGA